AUGUUGGAGGAUGAAAAAUUGGGUGCCCAUUCUGGCAAUUGUGUGGAGACCUGUAUCAAAUUUCCAAAGGCUGGUUCUUCUUCCCUUGGAGAAAUAGAAAUGGUGAAAAAAGGAAACAUUGUGCAGUAUAGGGAGAGGUUGGACAAGACCCUUACCUUACCUGAUCUGACAAAUGAUCAGAUACUCAAAACCCUUGUCAAAAGUCAACUCCAACGUUUUUUGAAAGUGGAAACUGAAGGAUGUAAUGAGAAAUUAGUAGAAACCAAAACCACAGAGCUAUAUAACUUUCUUGAUAUGUUGAGAAGUGCUUCUGGAGACAAUAGUGGAGGAUCUAGUACAUCACAGUCUGAUUGGAAAUUAAAACAGGAUAAUGAAGAUUUUCGAGUUAUGUAUCGUGAAGGAUUAGAGGGAUCUCCCUUUCAUUCGUUGCUAGUUGAAGGCUAUGUAGAUGGGCCUCUAGAUCUAUCUUUGUGCCUUUCAUGGGAGUCCUUCCUCUACAAGAAAUGGUGGCCUCAGUUUACUAUUCCCAGUUUCAAAGUUCUAGUAUCUGAUCGUUUGCAGAGGGUCCACAUUGGGGAACAUAUUUCACUAGUUAGGAUGAAGGUUCCAUGGCCCCUAUCUACAAGGGAGGCUAUAGUGCAUUAUUAUCUUUUUGAGUACUUUCAAGAUGACUUAGUAGUGGUUCUUUUGAAUUCGGUGUCUGAGUCAACGAGCAUUGAUAAUUUCAACAUGGAUGCAAUUCCUCAGGCAAAGGAUGUUGUGAGAAUUGAUUUGGUAGGAGGGUAUGCAAUGCAAAAGGUGACAUCAGAAAGAAGUUAUUUUCGGAUAAUAGCCAAUUUGGAUAUAAAGCUGGAUUUUGUACCUCCAAGUCUCAUAAAUUUCAUUUCAAGGCAGCUCAUCGGCAGUGGUUUCAGACUUUAUCAGAAGGCUGUGGUUUCGAUGAUGGGCAAUGAUAAAGAUAAAGACUUCAGCAAGGCCUUGGAGGACUCAUUGUAUGUCAGAAUACGCGAAGCUCUAGUAACUGGGGAAGAGACUAAGCAAGAUGCAAGCUUUGUUCCAGAUGGAGAACUUAUUCAAAGUGAGGAUGAAGAUGGGGCAAAAGAUAUAUCCUGUGAGGAUAUGAGCAACCAAGGUCCAGGUGAUGAAGAAGUUGUAGAAGCAGACUGUAAAGAGAUUGUGCAAGUUGAGGAGGAUGUCAACAAGGUGCUUGAAGUUCCAACUGAGAAAGGUGAUUCGUGGAGUGUGCUGAAUGGCAAGGAGAAUGGUCAGAUUGUAGAUGCAGGUAAUGAAGAGAUUGUUGAGAUUGAGAAGGAUGUGAACAAAGUGAAUGACAGUCCAGUUGAGGAAGAUGAUUCAAAGAGUGUAGUGAAGGAUAAGAUGAAUGGAUAUGUACGGUCAGAUGUGAGAAGGGCUCUAGAAACAAUAGAGAGGGUUAUAUCAGCGGUUAAAGAAUAUGGAUUUCAUUCCCUCAUGCAUACUUCAAACUCUGCUCAGCAAGAGUCCCACUGCAUGGGAAAAGGUGGCAUAGUUGACUCAAGUUCUGCAAAACCUAGUCAAGCAUGUUUGAAAAAUGAGGUUAGUGUCAAAGAAUCAAGCAGCAAUAUAUGGGAGGAAACUUCUGAAGAUCCUGCGACGAUACAAAGCUUCAGGCACAUGGGAACAAAUCCUAACUUAAAGGAAGUUAACUAUAAGAAAGUUGUACCAGCUUCACCAGAUCGUAAUCUUUCAAGACCAAUUGAAGCAAACCAGGUUGAUUCAUAUUCUUUGAAAAAUGGGAGAACAAUGGAGCAGACAAUAAGUGAUGACAAGCAAUUAAACAGUGAUGCAGUCAAAGAUAUACGUUCAGAGGACAUGAAAAAGUCAACCAGGGAGAUGAAGUACAGAUACUGUUGUUUUAUGUAA